AUGAAAAGUUUGGCGGUUCUUGCGAUUUUUGCCGCUGUUCUGUACGGUAAGUUGUUCAAUUUCUACCGCAUUUCUUGCGGCAAAACAUUUUCACGCGGAAAUUUUGCGAUUUUCAGCCGAAUGUGCCUCGUGGAGAUCGGAUGACUCGGUGGCGAUCAGCGGAUCGUUCCAAGUGGCCGCCAAAGGAGAACAACUGCCCGAAAAUGACGGGUUCGUCACAGAACGUAAGAAAUUCAAGAGAACAUCCAUCGAAAAAUGGGAUUUCAGACCCGUUUUUCCAAUUGGAAGGAAUGAAAAUCGCUCGAGCCUACCUGGACCGUCAAUACGCUAAAGAACGGGCGGAUCAGAAGCUGAGAAGAUCUUAA